AUUGUUUCUUCUGCAGCUGAAUAGGCUGGCAGGCAGCCUGAAAUGGGGACCUGCUCAGAAGACCCCCACCCCUGCUGGGCAUCCCGGCUCCUCGGACUCAUCAGUCUCUUUCUCAGCGUCUGCAGCAGUGGGACCAAUAGUGGAGGUCCUGCUCCUGGAGUUCAGGAUUCUGGAGCUCCUGAUCUUCUGCAGGGGAUCCGAGGAGGUUCUGUGCUGUUUCAUGUGCUCAAGAAGCAAGACGCUGAGCUGGAGGAGGUUGCGUGGGGCUUUGGUCCUGGGUCAGAGUACAGAGUCCUGCUGCAAGUCCGUCCUGGGGAAGCUCCCACCUGGGUCAGCCUCCAGGACAGGUACCAGCAGAGGGUCCAUGUGCCCAACAUGACAUCCCUGAAGAUUGAGAACCUGACCACUGAGGACAGUGGGCUGUACCGGGCUCGAGGCAGCUUCACUGGAGGAGUAGAAUUUACCCAUGUUUUCCACCUCACUGUCUAUGAGCCUGUACCCAGUCCUGAGAUUCUGGCUGGGCCACGAUCCAUCACACCAGGCUGGUGCAAUGUCACCCUGGAGUGUGGGCCCAGAGGAGUCACAAAGGACCUGAAUGUGACCUGGAAGAGGGAGUACAUCCCUGAGGAGCUGGAGCAGACAGGGACACUGGGACCUGCCUCAAACUCCCACACCCUGGCUGUGAGGCUGCCCCUGAGUCAGCCCUACUCCAGUAUCACCUGCGUGGUCAGCAACCAGAUGGACCAGAAAACUGCUACUGUAGGUCUUGGGGAAGUCUGUGCCCGUGGUUCUCAAGGACUGCCCAUUGCUGGCUGCCUAGGAGCCAUUGUGGUUCUGCUGCUGAUCCUGGGAUCUGGACUGUGUUUUUGGAAGAAAUGUGGAAAGAAGAAGAUAGAGAUGAGAAGAGGUGCAGGAUCACCAGAGGACCAAAAAGAUGAUGACAGCAUCCAGUAUGUGGAGCUGAACCAGCAGGAAUCUGAAGAGGGCGUGUACAUGGGUGUCAGUGAACAACAUUCAGGGCCUCUCACUACUAUCUACAGUGAAGUCUGUAAGCCAGGCCAUGCUAUGAAGAUAAUUUAAUUGGAGGAAACAGAAGAAUCGGCGCUCCUAGGAGUUUGAUCCCUGCAGACACCUGCCUCUUCCAGCUCUGGUCCAGCUCCAGCUGCCUUUGGUCUGGUUUACCCUGAUGCUCGCGGCUGACUCUGGGAAUAUGUAGCCCUAUCACUUCCUCUAGCACCUCCUUAAGCUCUUUUCCCUCUCAGGAUCCUCACACCUGCAAAUUGAGUGCCUCUUCUCUGUCCUGACCCCUCUUCUCCUGAAGCUUCCCAAAGAGGACCUUCCUGACUGUGCAUGUGUUGACCCCUACAGCCUCUGCCGCGUGGCUGGUGUGUGUCUUUCUGAGAACACAAGCCCAGGCAUGGGGACUAUGUGGAAGUUUUGUCCACACCACAGAGAAGGUAAUUAUUAACGAAGAAAGUUAUUAACUGCUGCUGGAUGCUGAGUCAGGAGUCCAUGGAGGCAGCAUGGGCAGGACUCACCCGGGGCUCCCUCUGGAGGAUGCUGGGGCUGUAUGAAGCCAAUGCCAAGAGGACAAGCACCACCCCCUAUAAAAGGUCUGGACAACACUUCUUCCCAACUCCUGAGGGACUCGCAGACUGAAACCCAGAGCAUAGAGACUUCUGAAGGUCUUUCUGGUGGUGAGUCCACAUGGGAGCAAAAAUGGACAUGAUGACCUCCAGUGACCUGCCUGGCCCAGAGGGCUGAGGUGAGGACUUCCCCACCCCACCACCAGCCUCACACUGACGUUUCAGCUGCACCACAAGGUGGGGGAGAUCUUCCCCUCCCUGAGCGUCCUCAGGUCCUGGAAGCCCCUGCUUCCUGCCUUGGGUCACAGAUCUUGGGUCACAAGUGGGUUUAAUCUAGGACCAUGAGCUGCUAUGGCUUGUCUGAUGACCCAGAUUCCUGGGUCAGUUGGUUUCCUUCCUUGCUCAGUUCCACUUGGCCAACUCAUGUCUGCCUUCAGACUGUCUAAACAUGGUCCGGGCCAAGGGCAUGGACAUUAUGAAGCAACGCUAGAAGCCUCCUGGAUGAUAGAUGGGUGAGAGUGGAGGUGGACGAAUCUAUAAUAGGACUCCAUUCCUGGUUUCCAGUCCCUCAGGUGGAGCAAAGAACUGAGGGAGAGAUAGGCACCAUGGCCUCAUAGACUUCCCAGGUAACUGGUCAUGGCUGUGCCUUAAUGCCAAUAUGCCCAAGAGCAUUAUAAGAUGUGACCAUCCAGUAGCCAGUCCCACCUCACCACAAUCAGAAAAAAAAUAAAAUAAAAUGAAGGGACCUGGGUUUUCUGAACCUAUAACAAACUAAGUUUUGUCCCAGGCACUUUGGAAAUAUUAUUCUUCUAAUUUGUACAAGGACCUUCUAGAGUUAGUAUUAUUAUUCCCCCUUUUGCAGAACAGAAAACUAACAUCCUAAACUAGUUGGUGGCAGAGCAAAGUCUUCAUCCAACAAAGGUCAUACCUUACCCUUCACCAUUUAGUCACUGACGGCCUUGGAAUCCUAGUGUAUUCAGAUGGGAUUAUCCUCCAUUUGUUCCUCUCCCAAGGAUAGUAGGCUCUGACUGAGGUGUCUCAGUAUUUCCGUUGAUAUGGAGCAGAUGGUGGUUCAAAAGGAACUACUCCUUAAAUAGACAGUGGGGCCUUGGUGGGUGAGACAUAGAAUGAGAGACCUUGACUUUUGAUGCAGAUGAGACAUUCCAAGAGGAGAUGUUUCCCCCUCUUGGGUCUUUGUCCAAGGCCUUCUUUUCCAUGUAAGAUGGUUGUAUGUGUCAUCACCAUCUUCAAUCCAGUGUUAUUUGCAGUGUUAUUCAUAAAAUCAUUUAACAUUCAACAGGC